UCAAAAAAAAUUAUGAAAUAAGGAAAUUUUUUUUUAAAGAAACAAAUAAAAUAGAUAAUGCACCUGUCGAAUUAUUGUGGAAGAAGAUAUCGUUCGUAGCGCUCUCUGAUGCUCAAGCGACGUUAAAAUUUGAGCAAACGAUGUACUAAAGGCAAACAUUUUUCUAAAAAGAUUCGCGAUUAUAAAUUCUUAAGUAAUUCAGCCAGUCAACAAAAUGAACAAUCAAGCAUUCAGUUUGGCUGAGAGGCUCAUACCAUCGACUUAUGUGCAACAAGGAUUAAAUGCGAAAAAAACACGUGAAAAUCAAAUAAGACACUUUAUCGAACACCGAAAAUGGCCAGAAGAUGGAUGGGACGAUGCGACUAUAGAAGCAUUUUUAGCCGAUCUUGCCCAAAUGGACAGCAACAAUUUUCCCUCAAAUUGCAGUGUUGGCGAACGAGAGGCAAGAAUUAUAUCAAAUAUUGUUGCUAGACGACAUUUUCGUAUGGGUCAUGGAAUUGGAAGAUCCGGUGAUUUGGAGGAAGUUCAACCAAAAGCAGCUGGUAGCAGUCUCAUGUACAAGUUGACAAACGCUUUGGUCCUGGAAGUAAUUCGAUACAUGGGAGUAAAAACAAUAGCGGGUUGUUUUCUAUCGCCAAUGGCUACGGGCAUGAGUUUAGUUCUUUGUAUGUUGACAUUCAAACAAGACAGACCUCGAGCUAAAUAUGUCCUGUGGUCGAGAAUCGAUCAAAAAUCAAGUUUCAAAUCUAUAAUCACAGCGGGUUUGGAGCCAGUGGUUCUUGAAAUGCAAAUAGUUGGUGACGAACUAAAAACUGAUAUGCAAAGGCUCGAGGCACAAAUGUCAGCGUUAGGUGAAAGCGUUGCUUGUGUACUCACAACAACAAGUUGUUUUGCUCCCCGUGCUUGUGAUUCAAUUGACGCAAUUGCUGCUCUCUGCACUCAAUACAAUAUUCCACAUUUAGUGAACAAUGCUUAUGGUUUACAGAGUACAAGAUGCAUGCAUCUGAUACAAGAGGCCUCGAGAAAAGGAAGAGUUGAUGCAUUUGUUCAAAGUACGGAUAAAAAUUUUUUAGUUCCAGUAGGUGGUGCAAUAAUUGGCUCAUUCGAUAAAAAUACAUUGGAUCGAAUAUCAAAAAUUUAUCCUGGUCGUGCCAAUGCAAGUUCUGUGAUGGAUGUUAUGAUAACGUUAUUGAGUCUCGGUAUGGCGGGUUAUAAGCAAUUGAUUGCACAACGAAAAGAAAUGUAUUCAUAUUUAAAAGAUGAAUUAGGCAAAAUUGCCAAUCGUCAUGGUGAGAGACUUCUUGAUACAAAGGGAAAUCCAAUUUCAAUGGGUAUGACACUUCAAUGUCUCAGUCAUCAACAUGAUAAUAAACAAGUGACAAUGUUGGGUUCCAUACUAUUUCUCAGGAAUGUCAGUGGAACAAGAGUCAUUACAACAACAGAUUCAAAAUUAAUUGCCUCACAUAAAUUUGAAGGUUGGGGAGCACAUAAUAGUAAUUAUCCGGUACCAUAUUUAACAGCGGCUGCGGCACUUGGUAUGAGACGAUCGGAUGUCGAUAUGUUUAUUCAAAGACUUGAUAAGGCAUUGACAAAAGUGAGACGACGAUCGGCUCCAGUUACACCAACAGCAUCUUUGGCUGGUUCCAGUAUCAAUGGUGAUGCAAGUGGUGCUGGUGGUCCAGGGGAAUCAAGUACAGCAUCCACCAGCCGAGCAAGCAGUAAAGACAGCCUGCGAAAAUGAACCGUAAUCAACGCAACUGGCCAGUCGAAUCAGCACAUUAAUCUCAAUUUAUAAGCAUCUGCUUAUAAAAAAAAUUGUCUUCUUCUUCUCUAAAAUAUCUUCAAUCAUCUAACUAUUAAAAGUCAAUAGAUAAAUAACUAUUGCAAUUUUUUAUUAGAAAAAAAAAAAAAAUUUAUUUAUUGACUUUAUUUCAUUGACAAUCAGUAUUAAUUAUAUUUAUUUAUCUUAUAGAACAUAAAUAUCAAAAGAGAUGAUUUUUUUUUUUUUUUUUUGAAGAUAUUUUAGAGAAGAAGUAAUUUAAUGAGCUGAUCGAUCUGUCCUUUUGCGUUGAGUAAUCGACGAUUUAGAAAAAAACAAUAUUAAAAAAAAGGGUCUUUUCUCACCAAGAAUUAAAUUAAUAUUUACUCAAGAACUUAGUAUAUUGUUUUUUUUAACAAUUACUAUAGUGUUUUGAGUGAAUGUAAAAUGAAGUAAAUAAAAAUCCUCGAAUAAAGCUUUUAAUCUAGAAAAAAAAAUUGCCGAUAUGAACAAUAGCAAUCAAAUUUAAAAAAAAAAAAACUCAAAAUAAACACUUUUUCUUUCAUAUGAUAAAAUCAAAUUUCUUUAUUUUUUUAUUUCUAGUGUUAAUACUUUUUAAAAAUAUUCCACACUAUUUUUUUUCCAAACUUUCCACUAAAAACUGAUUUUUGCUUUUAUAACAUUUUUUAUAUAUCAAUCAGAAAAAAAACUUGUACCUUUUUUUAAAAAAAAUGAACAUUUUCUCGAAAAAAAAAAAAAAAAAAAAAUUGUGAAAAUUUCCGAGAGAAAUAAAUCAUAAUGAUUAAAGUAAAGAUAAACUAAUAAUAUUAAAUAUAGUUUUCCUAUUUUUUUUUUUGUCACGAUUUUACGAAUACAGUAGAAUUUUCGCUCCAUGCAGAAAAUCACUGCCGACAAUGAAACUGAUAUUUGCAAUUUUUCAAAAAAUGAAAAAUACUAUCUAGGAAGAAUUAAAUUCUAAAUUCCAGUAUUUUUUUUUUUAUUU